AUGAGGACUAUACUGUUCGUGGUAUUUGUGAUUUGCUCUUUGGCGCUGGAAAUCACAUCAGCAAUGCCAGAAAGUGAAGAGAUAAAAUUGGAGCCUUCGCAUGCUGAUGUACUGGAGCCGCAGGAGUCAAAAUGGGGUUGGGGUGGCCGGCGCUUUGGCGGUUACGGCUAUGGCCGUGGGGGAGGUUGGGGAUACAAGAGCGGUUGGGGACACGGCGGAGGCUGGGGUAAAUACGGUUAUGGAGGAGGUUACGGUGGUGGAUGGAGGGGA